AUGUCGGGCAGCCGCCCGCCGCCGCACCCCGCCGCGCCGCCCGCCGCCACCCCGGCCUCCUCCUCUUCCUCCUCCUCCUCCUCCUCCUCGGCGGCCAUGGCGCCGGGCUCGUCCUCCUCAGGCGGCGCGGCGGCGCGGCCUGUGCUGGUGGCGGCCGCCGUGUCGGGCUCGGGCGCGGGGCUGGCCCGGCUGGCGGCGGCGGCGCGGCCCGGCGGCGGCGGCGGCUCCUCCGCGGGAGGCGGCGGUAGCGGCGCGGGCGGCGGCAGCAGGAAGAGGCCGCUGCUCACCCCGCUCUGCAACGGUCUCAUCAACUCCUACGAGGAUAAGAGCAACGACUUCGUCUGCCCCAUCUGUUUUGAUAUGAUUGAAGAAGCCUACAUGACGAAAUGUGGACACAGCUUCUGCUAUAAAUGUAUUCACCAGAGCUUGGAGGACAAUAACAGAUGUCCCAAAUGCAACUACGUUGUGGACAACAUAGAUCAUCUUUAUCCCAACUUCUUAGUCAAUGAACUUAUUCUUAAACAGAAGCAAAGAUCUGAGGAGAAAAGACUCAAACUGGACCAUUCAGUGAGUAGCACCAAUGGCCAUAGGUGGCAGAUAAUUCAAGAUUUGUUGGGAACUGAUCAAGACAAUCUUGACUUGGCCAAUGUCAACCUGAUGCUGGAGCUGCUGGUGCAAAAGAAGAAGCAGUUGGAAGCAGAGUCCCAUGCUGCCCAAUUGCAGAUCCUUAUGGAAUUUCUCAAAGUUGCCAGGAGAAACAAGCGAGAGCAAUUGGAGCAGAUCCAGAAGGAGCUAAGUGUUCUGGAAGAAGAUAUUAAACGAGUAGAGGAAAUGAGUGGCUUGUACUCCCCAGUCAGUGAGGACAGUACGGUGCCGCAGUUUGAGGCUCCCUCACCUUCACACAGUAGUAUUAUUGACUCCACGGAGUAUAGCCAGCCUCCAGGCUUCAGUGGCAGUUCUCAGACCAAAAAGCAGCCGUGGUAUAACAGCACACUAGCCUCACGACGCAAGCGGCUCACAGCUCAUUUUGAGGACCUAGAGCAGUGCUAUUUUUCCACCAGGAUGACACGUGUCUCGGAUGACAGCAGAACCACAAGCCAGCUGGAUGAGUUUCAGGAGUGUCUAUCCAAGUUCACGCGCUACAAUUCUGUCCGACCCCUGGCAACACUGUCUUACGCUAGUGACCUCUACAAUGGCUCCAGCAUAGUAUCCAGUAUUGAGUUCGACCGAGACUGUGACUACUUUGCCAUUGCUGGGGUGACAAAGAAGAUUAAAGUCUAUGAGUAUGGUACAGUCAUUCAGGAUGCGGUGGAUAUUCACUACCCGGAGAAUGAAAUGACCUGUAAUUCCAAAAUCAGCUGUAUCAGCUGGAGUAGUUACCACAAGAACCUGCUAGCCAGCAGCGACUAUGAAGGCACCGUCAUCCUUUGGGAUGGAUUCACGGGACAGAGGUCCAAGGUCUACCAGGAGCAUGAGAAAAGGUGCUGGAGUGUUGACUUUAACUUGAUGGACCCAAAGCUAUUGGCUUCAGGCUCUGAUGAUGCCAAAGUGAAGCUGUGGUCUACCAACUUGGACAACUCGGUAGCAAGCAUCGAGGCCAAGGCUAACGUGUGUUGUGUCAAAUUCAGCCCCUCUUCUAGGUAUCACCUAGCUUUUGGCUGUGCAGAUCACUGUGUUCACUACUACGAUCUUCGCAACACUAAGCAGCCCAUCAUGGUGUUCAAAGGGCAUCGCAAGGCAGUCUCCUACGCAAAAUUUGUGAGUGGGGAAGAAAUCGUCUCUGCGUCAACAGACAGUCAGCUGAAGCUGUGGAACGUAGGGAAGCCUCACUGCUUGCGCUCCUUCAAGGGUCACAUCAAUGAGAAGAAUUUCGUAGGGCUCGCAUCCAACGGAGACUACAUCGCCUGCGGAAGUGAAAAUAAUUCCCUCUACCUAUACUAUAAGGGCCUCUCAAAGACACUGCUGACGUUCAAGUUUGAUACAGUCAAAAGUGUCCUGGACAAGGACCGGAAAGAAGAUGACACAAAUGAGUUUGUGAGUGCUGUAUGCUGGAGGGCACUACCAGAUGGGGAGUCCAACGUGCUGAUUGCUGCUAACAGUCAGGGUACAAUUAAGGUACUGGAGCUGGUAUGAAGGGUUUUCUCUCAAGGCAUGAGGUACUUGGUCCUGCUGAUAUGCUACAGUAUUCAUCUGGGAUCCUCAGCAGGACAAGAAACCGAAACCACCUUGAUGUUCCUCCCUAAAACCAUCAUGUUUGGGUUUUUUUCCAUUUAUGGACUUUCUAGGACAUUUUGAGACACUGGAAACACCAGUGAACUGUCUGCCAUCAACAUUAACUCCACAGACUUUGCUGCUGCUGGUGGUGGUGGUAUGGUUGUCUAAUUUUUAUGAUAGGAAAACAAAUUCUUUUAAAUAAAAACAAAAAGGAAUAAUAAAAUUUAUUGAGCCACAAGCUGAAGCUGGAAGAUUCUCUCUUGUUGCAUACGGGAACAGAUUUACUUGGGAAGGGAGCUUACAGGACCACACAGGGCU